AUGCUGUCGUCACUCGCGGUGCAAAAUGCCACCAGGGCCUUGCGGUUGACAGCCAGGCCCGCAAACAUUGCCGCCAAACAGUUUCACACAGGACAAACCAGCAGCACCAGCAAUAAUAGCAAUAGCACCACCGCUGUCGGCAGCACUACGACGACUACAACGACGAAUGACUGGCAAGCUCGUGGUAUACAAACCACCACGAAAUGGCGCCCCGUUCAAGUGCUCGACGAUUGGGUUGCAAAAGAGGCACGCCCAAUAUCAUUGCGUCAGCUCAUGGUGUUUGGCCGCUCGUUAACCGAGUCGCGCCUAAUCUCCUCGGCCAACUACGUGCGAACUGAGCUUCCCACCCGCAUAGCACAUCGGAUUCGGGACAUGCAGCGCCUGCCCUAUGUCGUAGUCACGAACCCCCACAUUAGCGACGUCUACGAGCUUUACUACAAUGCAUUCGAUACGUUUCGGCGAGUCAAGGAGAUCAAGACUCUCGAGGAUAAUGAGGCCUUCUGCCAAGACAUUGCCAGGAUGCUGCGGGCGCAUCUGUCCGUCAUUCCCAAGCUGGCAAUGGGAAUCCUGCAGUGCAAUGGACUGAUGGAGAAGGAGGAGCUGGACACCUUUAUGAACACUAUAUUAAGAUCGCGCAUAUCCCGCCGCGUAAUAGCAGAGCAACACCUUGCCCUGACCGAGACCUUCAACUCCCCCUGGUUCUCACCUGGUGCUAAACUCUCAGAGUCCGACUUUAUUGGCGAAGUCUUCAUUAAAUGUGUGGCCAAUGACGUAGUGCAGCGUUGCGGAGAGGCCGUUCAGGCCCUGGCCAGGGUUGCCAAUGGCCCUGAUGUGCAAAUUCCAGAAAUCAAGAUCACGGGGCAUCUCGAGUCGACAUUCCCCUACAUUCUCUCACAUUUGGAGUACAUUAUCGGGGAGCUGCUGAGGAACAGCGUCCAGGCAGUAAUUGAUCACCACGCCAAAAGCAAAAACAAACACCUACCUCCGCCGCCAAUAGAAGUUACACUCUGCGAAGCACAGCAACACGUCAUUAUUCGUGUUUCGGAUCAGGGCGGCGGGAUACCGCGUGAUAUCUUACCGUAUCUAUGGUCCUUUAGCAAAGGGCCACGGAGCAGACAACGCCUCGAGAACCUGACCAAGGUUCCGCUCAUGGCAGCGACUCUACAGGAACUGCGCGUCGAUGGCAACUUCAGCGGCCUCCAGGACGGUCAAGUUGGCCAGCCCGCCCACGACGGAUCUCUGACUUCGCUCUCGGCACGGCCACCGCACCUAAGACUGGGUGUCGGUCUGCCGCUCAGUAGAGUGUAUGCCGAGUACUGGGCCGGCAAGCUGGAGAUGCACAGCCUCGAGGGCUACGGCGUCGAUGCGUUUCUCCAGAUAUCCAAGCUCGGCAAUAAGAACGAGCAGCUAUCAACACGGGCAGCGAUGGAUUCUCUAUAG